AUGAGUAAGCUUUCUAGGGAGUAUGUGGUAGAAUCAGAGGACGAAAACGGUGAAGAAACGACAGAAUUCGCACCUCCUACAGGGUUUUCGAAAAUCAAGCACCUGAAGAAGUUUCACAAGAAAAAGGCAGAUGAGCAAUUAUGGCUGAUAAAAGUUCCAGCUUCUCUGGAUAUAUCGAAGCUGAAGAAUUUGCCUGUGGAUUUCAGUGGGAAAGAGGGCAGCGAAGCAAUGAUAAUGAGUGAUGAGGGAAGGAGUUACAACGUCAGCGAAGAUGUCACACAACGAGAGGGUCAGGAUCACAGUAAUCUAACGCUGCUGGUGCCAGAUGAAAGCCGAGAUUUUUUGCGUGUAGGUAAUGAGAAGCAUGGUUCUUUAGGGUUUGAUAGAGUUUUCUCAGUAAGUGAAGUGGCAUCGAUCCCAAAUAUUGAGUACGAAGAACUGAGGGUCCCACGUUCAGAUGUGGUGAAAGUAAAGGGACUUAAAGUGAGGCAUUUUGCCACUGGUUACGAUGAGGAGAAGAAGAGUAAGAAACGUAGUGCUCCAGAAUCUUCAGAGGAACCUUCUAAGAAACAUAAGAAGGAUAAGAAGGAUAGAAAGGACAAGAAGGAUAAAAAAGACAAAAAAGAGAAAAAAUCAAAGAAAUGA